CCAGUAGGUCGUGAGUGACGCUGACUGUGUGCACAUGAUGAAUCCCAUGGCCCAGCUGUACUACAAGAAGGCGAGCUACUCACCGUACCGCGACCGCAUCCCGCUGCAGAUCGUGCGGGCGGAAGCGGAGCUGUCAGUGGAGGAGCGGGCGUACCUGACGGCGGUGGAGAAGGGCGACUAUGCCGGGGUGAAGCUGGCCCUGCAGGAGGCGGAGAUCUACUACAACAUCAACGUGAACUGCCUGGACCCGCUGGGGCGCAGCGCUCUGCUCAUCGCCAUCGAGAACGAAAACCUGGAGGUGAUGGAGCUGCUGCUCAACCACGGCGUGCACGUGGGCGACGCGCUGCUCUACGCCAUCCGCAAGGAGGUGGUGGGCGCCGUGGAACUGCUGCUGUCCCACCGCAGGCCCAGUGGAGAGAAACAGGUGCCCAACCUGAUGAUGGAUACCCAGUUCUCAGAGUUUACCCCUGACAUCACACCCAUCAUGCUGGCAGCUCACACCAACAACUACGAGAUCAUCAAACUGCUGGUCCAGCGCAAAGUCACCAUCCCCCGGCCACACCAGAUCCGCUGUGACUGCGUGGCGUGCGUGUCCAGCUCCGAGGUGGACAGCCUGCGCCACUCCCGCUCCCGCCUCAAUGUCUACAAGACCCUAGCCAGCCCGUCCCUCAUUGCCCUGUCCAGCGAAGACCCCAUCCUGACUGCCUUCCGCCUGGGCUGGGAGCUGAAAGAACUGAGCAAGGUGGAGAACGAGUUCCGUCAGGAGUACGAGGAGCUGUCCCAACAGUGUAAGCUGUUUGCCAAGGACCUGCUGGACCAGGCCAGGAGCUCCAGAGAGCUGGAGACCAUCCUCAACCACCGGGACUACCUCAGUGAGGAGCUGGACCCAAAGGACUGCCGCGAUCUGGCCAAGCUCAAACUGGCCAUCAAGUACCACCAGAAAGAGUUUGUGUCCCAGCCAAACUGCCAGCAGCUCCUGGCCACCCUGUGGUACGACGGUUUCCCUGGGUGGCGCAGACACCACUGGGCGGUCAAGCUGGUCACCUGCUUCACCAUCGGCCUGCUCUUCCCCAUCUUCUCCCUGGUCUACCUGCUGGCCCCUAGGAGUGCCCUGGGCCUCUUCAUCAAGAAGCCCUUCAUCAAGUUCAUCUGCCACACAGCCUCCUACCUGACUUUCCUUUUCCUCCUCCUCCUGGCCUCCCAGCACAUCGUGAGAACAGACCUGCACGUCCAGGGCCCGCCACCCACCGUGGUGGAGUGGAUGAUCCUUCCCUGGGUGCUGGGCUUCAUCUGGGCUGAGAUAAAGGAGAUGUGGGACGGCGGCUUCACUGAGUACGUCCAUGACUGGUGGAACCUGAUGGACUUUGCCAUGAACUCUCUCUACUUGGCCACUAUCUCACUAAAACUAGUUGCUUACUUCAAGUACAACAGCUCUCGGCCGCGGGAGGAGUGGGAGAUGUGGCACCCAACGCUGAUAGCCGAGGCCCUGUUUGCUAUCGCCAACAUCUUCAGCUCCCUGCGCCUCAUCUCCCUGUUCACAGCCAACUCCCACCUGGGACCUCUGCAGAUCUCCCUGGGACGCAUGUUGCUGGACAUCCUCAAGUUCCUCUUCAUCUACUGCCUGGUGCUGCUGGCCUUCGCCAACGGGCUCAACCAGCUGUACUUCUACUACGAGACCAAGGCCUCGGACGAGCCCAACAACUGCAAGGGCAUCCGCUGUGAGAAGCAGAACAACGCCUUCUCUACGCUGUUUGAGACGCUGCAGUCCCUGUUCUGGUCCAUAUUCGGCCUGCUCAACCUGUACGUGACCAACGUGAAGGCACGCCAUGAGUUCACAGAGUUUGUGGGAGCCACCAUGUUCGGUACCUACAACGUUAUCUCCCUGGUGGUGCUGCUCAACAUGCUCAUCGCCAUGAUGAAUAAUUCCUAUCAGCUCAUCGCUGACCAUGCGGACAUUGAAUGGAAGUUUGCCCGCACCAAGCUGUGGAUGAGUUAUUUCGACGAGGGAGGAACUCUCCCGCCGCCCUUCAACAUUGUCCCCAGUCCCAAGUCAGUGUGGUACCUGUGUGUGUGGACGUACAACCGCCUGUGUGGAGGGGACCAGCCCAGUCCUGACGAACUGAGGAAACACGAGAACUUAAAGGAGUUCACGGAGCGUCAUGCUGACAACCUGAUUCAGAACCAGCACUAUCAGGAGGUGAUCAGGAACCUGGUAAAGAGGCAUGUAGCAGCCAUGAUCCGCAGUGCUAAGACAGACGAGGGACUGACUGAGGAGAAUUUUAAGGAGCUGAAGCAGGACAUCUCCAGUUUCCGCUAUGAGGUGUUGGAUCUGCUGGGGAACAGGAAGCCCCCGCGGAGAACCUAUUCAUCCAGCAGUGAGGCCACUCAGCAGGACGAGGCCAACAAUGAGGGGGAGGGAGGGGCCGGACAGGGUCCCUCCAGGGACCAAGGGGCCAAGGGGGUGUCCUUCAGCACGUCUACCGCUGAGAGGAAGAGCAAGGACUCUGGGUUCAGUGUCUCUGCCCUCUUUAAGUCCAUGUCAGGGGUGGAGGGGCCAGUGGACAACAAACCAAAGUGCAACGGGCUGCGGUUCUCCUCCUCCUCCCCUUCAUUUGCUGUGUUCAGCCGCACUGGUGGCCAGCUGCAGCGCUUCUCCAAGUCCAAGAGAGACUCCAUCAGGCGGCUGGGUCUGCUCUUCUCCCGCAUGAACGGACAUGUCCCAGAGCACAGGGCCACUCCUCCCUGCAUGCACCAGCCCACCUACAGCAUCUCAGAUGGCCUACUUCAUCAGCCCACAACCUGGCCGGACGUCCAUAUCGCCCCCGAUCCCCAGGUUACAUGCAGCCAGUUUCACCUGGACCGGCUGGGGGUGAACCUGAAAGAGUUACCCCAGGCCCAGGCCCCAGCCCCUACCCAGGGUUCACCCCAGCAGGCUAACGGAAGUGACAGCCUGCUCCUACGGCCCCCGAGCCUCUCUCUGCCGCCCCCGGGCCCCUCCCUACCGCCCCCGGGCCUCUCCCUGCCACACCUGCACUGUGCUUCUGGCAUCAGGGCCUCCAGCAUCAGGGCCUCCAGCUCCCAGGCUGUCCUCCUGGGCUCUAGUGAGGACAUGUAUGAGUCCUGGAUAGGACCAUGUGAUGAGCUGGACUCUUCAGAGUGGUGGGCUGAGCAGGACUCCAUCACCACACAGCUUUAGAGACACCCGCCACCCCCAGAAUAAUGUAGGACAGCAAACUACAAUAUGUUCAGGUACACUGCUGAGGACAGAGAAAAAAAAUGUUUGACAAGUAUUCAAAACCCAGGACUAAUUUUCUCAAAGAUAUUAUAGGAAGAUUCUAAACAUAUAAAUGAAAGAAAAAAAUACGUUAUUUAUUGCAAUAUAACUACGUUUGCAUACUGCCACCUACCUGUGAUGCUUAAAUCUUUGUUUGCGGAUUGUUCACUAUCCUCUCUCAACACGUGUUCUCAUACAGUUUCGGCCCAGUUAAUUCUAUUUUACCUAUCAAAUUAUCACUGAGAUAAGGGGGUCAUAUACACAGGUCAGCUAUUACCAUUGUCCAAACUUCUACUCUCUUACAAAUAUGUUUAAUCUCUUGUUGCAAGUUUUUCUAUAGUCUUUUACCAGACUGUUUUGCCAGGUAGUGUGCCACAUACAAAUGCCAGAUGUCCUCUAUACAGUAGUGUGUUCCUUUUGGUACAUCAUAACCUAAACAUGGAUGGUUAAUAUCAUGGUGGAAUAUGUUUAUUUCAGGUUAAAUAUUUUCAAGUUGUUUUUGGACAAUUAACUAAGAAUACUGUCCUCUGUUUUUCCAUGAAAGUUCUCUUUUUCUAUAGUUUCUUGGAAAUAAGCCACUACCCAUUUUUAGCGAUUGAGACAGGAAAUGCAUGAUAUUAGUAGGGGUAGGUUUAUUUAUCCAUAGUUUUAAUGUGUUUACUUAUAGUCUCAUUUACUUUGGACAAGAUGGUUAUGAAUUAUAAUACUCAAGAUCAUUUUGGCAGAGGACCCCUACACAAACAAUGUUUCAUAGUUGUUGAAAACAAGCGUGUAUACAAAUACACAUUUUUAUUUGAUAAUUAGAUUAAGCGUUAUCUAUUCAAAUAUAUUAAACCAUAUUUGACUGAUUCUUCGGAGAACUAGGAUUCAAAGACUGGGCCAUGUGAUAUGAUAGGCUGUAUAGUGGUCAAAUAAAACUGGACUGAACUGUCCAAAAUUUUGAAA